AGAUUAUUUUCAAGAUGUCAGCGCCCAUGACAAAAAAUUUCGUAAUAACUGAACAUAACCAAAGACACUAUAGAUAGCGACCUGUACGCAUAUAUUUGCUCUCAAAAUGAAGAAGAACGCAAAUGAAAAGUAUCCAAUAUAUAACAAAGGAAAAGAGAAGAAGACAGGAAAAGAGGAAUUAAAUAAACAAUUGGAAAAGAAAAAGCUAGUGGAAGCUAAGAUCAGAAAACAAGUUGCAUCUGAAGAAAAAGCCUUCCGUAUUGUAGAAAGACUAAUAGAAAACCCAAUAACAGAAGAAUUCCUCAAAGAUUCAUGCCAAUUUAUUGCACCACACCAUUAUGAAGAUGUUGUAGAAGAAAGAGCUAUAACAAAGACAUGUGGCUAUCCUGUCUGUGGUAAACUACUUACUGCUAUAUCCAAGCAGAAAUAUCACAUAUCCACAAAAGAUAAUAAAGUUUAUGAUAUAACUGAGAGGAAAAGUUUCUGCAGUAAUCAUUGUUACAAAGCAUCAAGAUACCUACAGAAUCAGUUAUCUACAACUCCAUUAUGGUCUAGAGAAGAGGAGAGAGUUUGUGUUAGUCUGCUUACUACAAACAGCGGAUUACCAGGUGUAGAAGUUGUUGGACCUAUAGAACAUGUAUGGAAAGAAGUUCACAAGUUGAAUAAACUUGAUAAACCAGAAUCAAAGAUAAAAAGUUCAGAUGACAACAACAAAGAAAUCAUUGAUAUAACCAGAAAAACAGCUGACAUAAAACUCACAGAUGAAAUUGUGUCAGAAAUAGAUUGUGAAGAAGAUUCAGAUGAUGAAAAAGACGUGGAACAUGUUUGUCAAGAUAUUGAUCAGACUAAAACAAAUACCCAGUUUGGGGGGACAUUUUCAGAAAAUGCUGAAAUUGAUUGUAAAACUUCACUGGCACAGGCAAAUGUUGCAAGUUGUUCUCCUUUAGCGUCAACACCUGAGACAAAUAGUUCAAAGGGAAAUAAUCAAUCACAAACUGAAGAUAAAAUGCAACAUUUAAUGAAGUUAUUAGACAGGAGAAAACUGUUACUUGGUCAGUUGGUAGAAAUAGAAACUGUUUCUGAACCUUCAAUGGUACAAAAUAUAAGACCAAAAUCACAAGAAAAUUUAGAGACCAAAAGUUCUGGUCAGCAAAUCGUUGCCAUUGAUAAAGAUGUUCCCAAAUAUGUUCAUGAAGUACAUGAACAGAAGAACACUAGUAUAUCAGAGAUGGAUAGUGAUGGAUCAUCUGUUUUGAAAAAUGUUGUUGAUAGUGACAACAGUAAAACCUUUGGAAAGUUAACAGCAACUUGUCCUCGUGUGAGCAAAGAAAAAGACAGUAAGUCAAAACCAGGACAUACCAGGAUGUCUAGUCAUUCUGUUAUUCAGUUGAUAUGCCAGUCUGUUAAAACAUGGAUAACAACUGAAACAAUAGAAUAUCUACAGAAGUCAACAGAACAGGAUCAAACCAGUAAGAGCUGGUCAAAAACACAUUUUGAAGCAUUGUAUCAAGCUUUAUGUAAAAGAGUAGAUGCUGGGGAAUUUGAAAUAGAGGAUAUUGGGAUUGAAUCCAAUAUGGACGAUGAUAAAGAUACAAGAUUACCAAUACCUGAAUUUGAAAGAUUGAAAGAAGAAACAAAAGAUUAUGCAAAUAAAGUCCAACGGUAUUUUGCUGGUGAAUUGUUUACUGAACCUAUAGAAAAGGAUGAGCAAGAAAAGAUACCUGUUUACCUGCCUACAGUUGACACUUAUGAUCAGAUGCAAAUAAGAAGGAAAAUAGUAAUGGAGAGAUUACAAAAAGUGAUACAAGAUGUGUUAUCUCCCUUGAAGCUUACACUACAAGAUGUUUAUACUGAAUACAAAGAAAUGAUUGGCACAUUCAGUCUCGACAGCAAAAAUAUCCUGCACAAGCCCGCAGAAUGGACAAUUAUCAAUCUUAUUUUACUGAGAAUGCUGUCUAGGAAGAGUAUUCAGAUAAAGAAAGCUUUCCUUCAACCAUCAUCUGUGGCAUAUUUUAAGAUCUUACUUGGAAGACUAGGAACCAAUUUACAGCAGAUUGAUCUGUACAUUGAUGAUUUAUUGUUUAUCACUGAUUAAAAUAUUGGACGAUAUAAAUAAGUAUUUUUUGGCCAAAUAAAAGGAUUUUGUGG